UCUGUUGGAGCACUGAACUGCAACUUCUAGAAGAUCUUGCACCAUUGCUGGACUUGCAUGUGCAAAAUUUACCACGGGGGUGUCAGGAAUUUCAAUCUUUGCUUCCAAAACAGACUGGCAGCCCAGGGGCCCAAAGUAGGCACUGAGCAGGAUCCAAACAUUUUUUUUUUGUGGGUUCAACACUGCACUGACAGCAUUACCCCCUUAUUCUCUAUCUCAGUAGGGUUUUGCAUUCCCUUUAGUGUGACAUCCACGGGUAUGUAAAGCUCCACUCUCUGACUAGGUUUAAAGCAUUAGACAAAGGAUGCCAAGAGUCCACAAACCUACAGUACGUAAUCCUGGAGAAUUCUUGUGGGCCAGUGCUGAUAGUGGGAAUGCCUGAGAAAGAGUGAAGAAGACCAGCAGGGACAAAGUGCAGGAUUAUGCCCGAGGCAAUGAUAACAGUAAUAUUGAUCUAUUUUAUGAUGCAAACCGCUGGAGCCUUGCUGCUCGGUACGACAUGUUGGGAUGAGCACCUAUUGCAAGCAGGGAGCAACAACAGCUGUACGGCUUCACAGCCUUUCCUGAUAUUUGGCCAUGGUAAAGCUAUUCAUCGGAUGGGCCUUAAUGGCAAGAAUCACAGAAGGCUUGUGCCUGGCGUCGGAAGCUCUAUCCUGCUUGACUUUCAUUUCAAAGAACAGAGAGUUUACUGGGUUGACAGGCACACUGGGGUCAUCUACAAAGCAUCUGUGAAAGGAGCACACAAACAGAAACUGUAUUCAUAUGACAAACACAUCUCUGGCCUCGCAGUGGACUGGAUUUGGAACAGCGUAUACUGGACAAGUGGAGAAAAGGGGGAAGUAAAGAGAAUCGAUAUAAAUGGGAAGAAACAGAGGACUCUUUUAAGACACUUGACCCAGCCCAAUUCUAUAACUGUUGACCCCUCUAAUAGGUUUCUGUUUUGGUUAUCUGGGGGGAUGUCUCCAAGUAUCCAAAGGUCUGAUGUCACAGGACAGAUGAAAAUUACACUAAUUAAGAUAACUGAACAACUGAGAGCACUGUCGAUUGACCGAGUAGACAAAAGACUGUUCUGGGUUCAGUUUGGGCCACAAGAAGAAAGUGCCAUUGCCUCUUGUGAUUACAAUGGGAACGCCCUACACAUCAUGAAUCUUCCACUUCAGUCUCAUUCAGUUGGAAUAUCUGUUUUUCUGGAGCACAUAUACUACACCGAUUCUGAGUCUCGGGUUAUAAAACAAGUAAACAAGUACACCGGUGGAGAGCCACGUGUUGUUAACAUAAAACAAAUGGGUAAACCUCCAGUUGAUAUCAAGAUCGUGCAUCCACUUAAUCAGCCAACAGCAGACCCGCUAUCACCAUUUCCAGGUUGUGAUGACCAAGGUGGCAACUGUGUUAACGUCUGUUCCAGUUUGGCAGACCAAGGGGUUUGUCAGUGCAGUGAAGGUUUUGUUCUCAGUAUGGAAGGCACUUACUGUAAAGAUGUAAAUGAAUGUGCCCACUGGAAUCAUGGCUGCUCGCUUGGUUGUGAGAACAUUCCUGGAUCUUAUUUCUGUACCUGUCCUAAAGGAUAUGCCCUCUUACCAGACAGGAAAACAUGCCAAGAAAUCAUACCAUGUGAAAGGAAUAUGACAAAGUGUGGCAACGGGUGCCUGUCAACAGGAAAUGGUGCUGUCUGUGUUUGCCCUGAGGGAUCUACACUACAGGAGGAUGGACAAACAUGUACUGGCUGUUCAUCUGCAGAUAGAGGAGGGUGCAGUCAGCUCUGCAACCCUGUCACCCCUGUAAGCUGGGAGUGUGGCUGUCUGCCUGGCUACCAGCUCCACCAAGAUGGCAAGCACUGCAUUGCAACUGGACCUCCAUCCUAUCUACUAGUUGCUAAUCUAGUAGAUGUCCGGAGAAUUAACCCUGAUGGCACUGUGGAUCAAAUCUUGGCAGAGGAGCCCAGAGGAAUAAUCUUAGCUUUAGACUAUGACCCUGUCCAGAACAAUGUGUACUUUGCAAGUACAAGCCAGAAAACAAUUGAGCGAGUUGACAUAAAAGGUGGCCCAAGAAACAUUCUCAUCUCUGAUGGUUUGGAUUCACCAGAGGGGCUUGCAGUUGACUGGGUUCAUCGCAAGAUGUACUGGACGGAUAAAAGUCAGUCAGCUGUUGACUGCAGUACCUUAGAUGGACUUCACAGGGAAACUAUUGCGAGAAAAGGUCUGGAAAAGCCAAGAGGAAUCGCAGUUCAUCCUCUUGCAAAGAAGUUAUUCUGGACUGACAUAGGGACCCAUCCUGUGGUGGAAUGUUCCUCCCUGGAAGGGAGAGACCGUGCUGUCAUUGCUAGGACCAACCUUGUGUCGCCCACUGGCCUGACAAUUGACUUCACAGAGGACCGAGUAUUCUGGUGUGAUCAGAGGAGAGGCACAAUAGAGACUGCCGCCCUGGAUGGUUCAGAUCGACGAGUCCUGUCAGAGAACCAAGUAGGCCAACCUUUUGAUCUUGCACUAUUUGAAGACAGGCUCUGGAUCUCUGAUCAGGAACGCCACCAGCUGACCAGUGUGCAUAAGCGGACUGGGAAAAAAUUGCAAUGGAUCCAAGGGAGCAUGGUGCAACCAGCAUCUAUUGUUGUAGUUCAUCCCCUUGCUAAGCCAGGGGCAGAUAUGUGCCUUCACCUGAAUGGAGGUUGUUCCCAAGUGUGUGAAAGCAAGGUGGGUUUUGCCCACUGCUCUUGUUUCUCACACUAUAUCCUAUCAGCUGAUGGAAAAACUUGCUUGUCUGUUGACGCUUCAAAUGGAACAGCAGAAUAUGGAAACAGUGGAUCAGUUGAUUUAACACCUCUGAAAAACAAAACAUUUAAUACUGCGAGCUUGCCACUGACAACUGAUAAAGGGGAGACUGAUUUCCACUCAGAUGUAAGCAGCCAGCCAACUUUCUUCACCGACGAAAUGAUUUCAGACCAGAAUGAGUGCUACUCACUCCGCUGUGAUGUGAAUGCACAAUGCCUGCUGAAUUCUGGUCACCCAAACUGUUUAUGUCAAGAAGGUUUCACAGGUGAUGGACAGUUAUGUGUGGAUAUUGAUGAAUGUAAACUGGGAAUCUACAACUGUGACAAAAAUGAAGAAUGUCAAAACACUGCAGGAAAAUACUACUGCAAGUGCCUGGCUGGAUACUACAGAGAUGGGCAGACAUGUCAAGAGUUGGAGCCCAGAUCACCAUGGGUGACACCUGGUACCUCUGCUGAUGUUACCACCAAACGCCACAACGGAAAUGCAGUGGAGAGUUGUCCUGCAACCUAUGAGACCUACUGUCUGUACCAUGGUGUUUGCUUCUACUUUCCUGAAUUGGACUCUUAUGCCUGCAAUUGUGUAUCAGGCUACAUGGGGGAACGAUGUCAGUUCAGUGACCUGGAAUGGUUGGAGCUUCAGCGGGCUGAAAAGGAGAAGAAGAGGAAUGUGGUCAUUACAGCCUGCAUGGUGGUCCUCGUUUCCUUGCUCUCUAUCACAGCCUGUGUCACCUACUGCUAUGGAACGAGAAAACGCUUCCGCAAACAGCCAUCAGUGGAUAAUGUGAGUGAGACCAGCAUGACGGAUGAGAGCAUGUCAGAGACAACCACUACCACUGUUCCUCGGUUCUACAUGGUGGCAGAAAAUGGUGUUGAAGGGAAGGUAAUCCCUGCCAUGGGCUGUCCAAGGAGAGCUGUGUGUACAUCCUGCUCUUCAGAAACAGGUGCCAAUUCUGAAAGUGAUGAGUCAGGAAAACUGUCCCAGCACAACAAAGGUUACGAGUGUUCCAUGGUGUCUGCUGUUGCCACUGAAACAAUGCAACCCACUGUGCACCUCUCAAGUCCAUCACUGUCAAGCUGUACAUCUUUUAAACCAACAACGUUACCCCAGACUUCCGGCCCAGAGUCAUGGCUCAAUGGAAACAGCGUACAAUCAGCUGUUCAGCAAUGAAACAUAAAAAAAGAAAAGCUUUUAGAAAUUUAUACAUUUGGUUGAGAAGUCAAAAAAUAUCAAGUGCAUUGUUUAAAAACAUAAAAAAUCUCAUCAUUAUAGUUUAUGAGAAGAGUAUGCCUCCUCAGAUGAGUAUGGCCGAGGCAGUUUAACAAUAGAAAAAAUACUGAUCAUGUUUCUUAGUAAGGUGGUCCAGAACCAGCUUCAGUGUUUCGGCACCGAGUCUCUGAGACUCUGCUGGAGGGAUGGCAUGUUAUUCCAAAUGUAACGUUGUUAUCAGUGACAUGUCGGUCUAAAUCGCCCCCUUGGCAUCAAAUUAGGUUAAGACCUAGUGUCUAUAAAGGCCAAAGCAUAUAAUUUUUACACUUGACUGAUUCAUCAAGCCAUUCAGUGAUCUGGGCAUUAUAAUUCUGAAAAAAGAACAACCCAUAUUGAUAUGUGACACUUUCCUCUAAGGGGAAGCGUGGACCUUAACCAUGCUAUUAAAUAUUUCCACAACAAAACAAGAGCCACUGGAUCCUCUCACUGCAAGUGUAAAGAGUUCAGGCCUGUCCCCUUCUCACACUUUUAUCAUGUCAUGCACUGACAUAAAUCUUAGAUAAUGAGCUACUCUUUUGUUUUUCCUUAGAUAUUACACCAGUACACAAGCAUAAAGGCCAUCAAAUCUGAACUGUGAGCCACACCCUAUUUACAGAUGGCUUUCCCACUGAUCUAAAUGCAGUAAUUACUUUGGUCGGUUCACACAGUAGUAAGUUUUGGAGUCUUUAUGACCCUUUGCUGCAGAAACUAUAUGAUUACAGCAUUCCUAAAUUACCCCAAAUAUUGUUUUGUGCAUUAAGUUAAAUGUUGAAACUUCAAAAAAUAAAUACAUCUAAUUGUUAUUGAUCACAUAGUAUACAGGCCAAAAUCUGUGAUAAACUCAUCAGUGUCAGCUAACCAAAAGAUCACUCAUAUUCUCCUUGCACUUGCAAAAAUUUUGAGACUAUAACUAUAUUAUCAUGUUAAUUUUAGUAAGUUCAGCGAGUUUUAUAUAUUUUUAGUUCUUUACAUAUUUUUGUGUUUUUAAAUGUCACUAUAAUUUGCUUUGCUCAGGCUCGCUGCUAUGUAGAAAAGUGGUUUUUUCUUUUGUUCCUCCCAUGUAUCAACUGGUGUAGAUGCCUUUUUGUAGCCUUUUCAUCACAUUAUUAAACGUUUCAUAUAGGAGCGGGUUAAGGUUACUAUUGCAGUAAUAUAUGUGAACAUUGUACAUUUCAUUGACUUGAGGUAGUUAUAGGAGAAAUGAAACUGUUAGCUAUUUUUUAUAGUAAAAGGACAGUCCUGUUUAAAAAUCAUCUUCCAUUUUUUCUUAUAGAGUAUUAGUGUUAUUUGAAGUUUUCCCAUCAGUGUGUUGUAUUUUGACAUCCAGCUUUCUCAGUUACAGUGCAGCAGGCUUCAUGAUCACAUAAUUUCAAGAUUUAAGCAAAAAAACGGACAUUGAGCUCCUUUUGUUAUAAAUAACUGUGUCACAGUACAAAGAACUGCCAUGUAACUGCCAUGACACUGCACCACUAAACAACCCAUUAUUGUGAUCAUUUUAAAUAUUUUAUUUUGAUUAUUUUUACAUUAAACUGUGGUUAUUUUUGUCUAAAUUUUAUGAUUCCAUGAUUUAUAUUCUAAGAAAUAAGAAGGCAAUAAACUCAAAUGGGCUGAAUGGUCAAUAAAUUAAAGUGAAAUGUGGUUUGGAAAGGGAUGAUAUCUUAUCUUCUUUACACUUAUAAGCAACUCUCUUCUUUGCAGAGUUUAUAAUUAAAAACAGAGAAAAACACUGAAAAACAACUGACUGAUAUAGACUGUGGUUUGGAAAGGGAAGGUAUUUUAGGAUUGAUGUUAUUUUUUUUAGAAUCGAAUUAGUAUAAAAAAGAAAAAGAAAAAAAUUGUAAUCAUUAUGUUAACAGACCAACAUUCAACAUUUUCAUUAAAACUGUACCUAACUUGGAUUACAUAUUGUUUUCAGCAGCUAUGGGCUAUAACUGGAAUUAGAAAUUUGCAAGAUGAAACUUGCUUUUUUUUUUUUUUAUCAAUAAAGGUAUAUUUAAAAACA